ACAAUCAGAAAAUCAAUAACAAUUAUUUGCUUUUUGCGCUUUUCAAAUUCACUCGAGGCCAUAUAUUACCAAAGCUCGCUCUCUCUACUCUCUCACAAACACUCUUCACCAUAUCUCUGAUAAAAAUAGUCAGUAAUUUUAUAACUCCGACAAGCUGUUAUCCUACCGUGCCCGGCACCAAGAGCUUAUCACUCUUUUCGGCACACUGCCCGUGUGAAUAACGCAAAAAAUGCAGCUCACAGAAAGUGUAAAAGGUUACCUGGGUUGGUUUUUAGCCAUCUUCUCCAUCCAGUGGUUUGGCUUCAGCAGAAGACUGAUUGCGUGGCUCGGAACUGUGCUCCUCUCAGGAUACUUUGCUUUAUACGGUUCAGCUUUUUCCAGCAGCAGAAGGGCGCGAGUCAACCUCAUCUCGGACUUAAGCAAAAGGGCCACCUUUAUUACAGGAUGCGACACUGGCUUUGGAAAAAUGUUGGCCCUCCGUCUGCAUUCGAUGGGGGUCCCAGUUUAUGCAGGAGUGCUAAACGAAAAGUCUGAAGGGGCUGAAAGUUUGAAGGCUGAAGGUUGCAAAGUGAUUCAGAUUGACAUCACUAAAGAUGACGAUGUAAAAAAGGCCGUUGAUUUUGUCAAAAAAGAUUUAGGAGAAAAAAAGCUCCACGCCAUUGUGAACAAUGCGGGCAUUGCAGAGUUCGGCCAGAUCGAGUGGUGCAGUCUGGAAUUGUUCAAAAAAGUGAUGCAUGUGAACACCUUUGGCACCAUAAGAGUGACCAAAGCGUUUCUGUCGCUCUUGAAAUUAAAAAGAGGGACCAGAGUUGUUUUUACCGCUUCAGUUGCCGGAAGAUACACUUUGCCUGGCUUCUCCGCAUACAGCAUGUCGAAACAUGCUUUGAUUUCGUUUUCCGACGCUUUGCGAAGAGAAAUGAAGCCGUUCAAGGUUUCCGUACACACAAUUCAACCAACUCUCUACAACACUCCACUGAGCUCAACAGAUUUUGUCGCAAAUUCAUUGCAAAAGCAGUGGAGCGAUUCCGAUUCUGAAGUCAGGAAGUCCUACGGUGAAAAUUAUUUCCAAACAUUCAAGACAAUGUACAUCAAAGGAAUAAAGGACUUGGCAAGAAAAAAUAUUAACGAAGUUGUUGAGGACAUGGUUGAUGCCUUACUAAGCAAAGAGCCAAAAAUUUCCUACGUUCCAUCUCUAUUCACAAAAUUCAUGGUGCACUUUUUAACGACGAUUCCCUUGGGACUGCAAGACAUCAUCCUCUGCAAAAGGACCAUUCCUGACGUCCCCCCAGCAGGACUGGCAGUGAGAACUGCAACUGCUGCGAGAGGCGACGAGUCUGAAGUUUUUGUUUGACGGCGCACCAAGUGACUUGUCAAAUUUUUGUUUCCACUCCAUUAUGACAAGUACAUGCAUACUUACUCUUUAAGUGAAAAAAAUGUUUGCUUUCCAUUAAAAUUUGUUUAAAAAAUUCAUGGCAAAAAAUAUAUUAAUAAAAAGCUAAUAUUUAAAAUUUU